GUACGAUGACACGCUCUGCUUGGACUACGACUAUGAUGGAAACCACAAUGCUGCCAUGGCCGAGUGCCAACAGGGCAAGAAGAGCCAGCGGUGGCAAUGGGAUGUCCAGGUUUCCAAUGGCAAGCUGAUGACAAGGCGGGACUCCAAGUGCUUGGACUACAACCCGUCGAAUGAUCGCGUGUACAUGCACGGCUGCCACGACAAGGCGAAUCAGAUGUGGUACUUCGAGGGCAAGGCCUUGAAAACCAAGUACAGCAACAAGUGCCUCGAUUACUCCGACGAAUAUGUGAGCGACGAACAUGGCAAGUGGUGGGGCAACAUCUUCAUGGGUGAUUGCGAUGGCUCGCCGAGCCAGCAGUGGUAUUUUGAUGGUGAGGCACUCAAAACGGUGUCUGCCAACAACUGCUUGGACUAUCACGUUGAGGAGUCGACGGUUUUCAUGUACCAAUGUCAUGGAGGAAACAACCAGAAAUGGCACUGCUUCUUCGACGGAUGUCCAAAGUCCAAAUGA